AUGGUGCAAUUGUCCGAGCGUUGUUGGGCCAACGAUAAUCAGCGAUUGAUUUUGUCGAGUGCUUGGCGAGCCAAACAGGAAAUACUCGUGGUGGAUACAAGUUCAGGUUCAGUGAGGAAGAUCACCAAUAUUUCGAAUAUUCUCGGAUGUUGGAGUGUAUUGGAUGUUGUGAACGAUAUUGUUCUGGUAGCAUGCUCUGCGCCGAAUCGUCCUCCAGCAACACUUUUAGGUCGAUUACCAAAAGCGGGUGAUGAGGAUAAGAUUUUAUGGACAAAAUUGGACGACUGUAGCGUACCGGUUGAAGUGCGACUGAAACUUCUCGAUUACACUUGGAGACUGAUGGGCUUUCGUAGAAGUGACGGUGGUACUCAAUACGAAGGACUUUUGUUGAUUCCGAAGACUGGCGAUUCCCUUUCGCUAGUGGUAAGUCCACACGGUGGACCACAUAACAAUUCCACAGCAUCUUGGCCUCGACCUGAAACGGUGUUACUGUUGAAUUCUGGUUAUGCGCAACUGUUCAUCAAUUAUCAUGGAUCAAUCGGAUAUGGCGACGAUUUCGUAAGAUCGUUACUCGGCAAUUGUGGUGAUUUGGACGUCAAAGAUGUUCAGCAUGCCGUUGAAACUGUUCUGGAUAAUGAACCAAGACUGGAUCGCAAUCGAGUUGCUCUGUUCGGAGGGUCACAUGGAGGCUUUCUUGUAAGCCAUUUGAUCGGGCAAUAUCCGGGAUUUUACAAGGCAUGUGUCGCCAGGAAUCCGGUUCUGAACAUAGCAACUGAUACUUUGGCAUAUACGAAGGCNAUGUUCGAACUCUCCGACAUCCCUGAUUGGUCAACUGUAUGUUCAGCGGGUUUAGACUACGACUGGACAAAAGGCUUAUCAGAAGAGCUACGACAAAAAAUGUACAACCAAUCACCAAUAGCUCAUGUUGAGAAGGUCCAAACACCCUACUUGCUGCUGAAUGGUGAACAAGACCGUCGUGUGCCCGCUCAUUAUCGUCCUUACUUUCGCAACUUGGCCGCACGUCAUAUUCCGUACAAAAUAUUGUCAUAUCCAAAUGCGUGCCACCCUUUGGACAAUGUCGAAACAGAAAUUGAUUUUGCGAUCAACAUGGUGCGUUGGUUCGACAAAUACGUGCACUGA